CUUGCCGACUGGCGCUUACUACAACCAAAACGUCACAUGGAAAUACAAAUGUCAAAGCAAUUUUAAUUAUUUGAAACCACUUCUACUUUAGUUGCAUCUUUAAAUAAAAGAAAAAAGUUCACCAAAUUUUACUCACAGUUGAAUUAAUUACUAAUGCAGAUUGCUGAAAAACGUCAGUUAGAAAAUAUCAACACUUUGUAUACUGCGAUUCAUAAACUGAAACAAAAAAUUCAAGAUUUAGUCAUCAAAUCAGAAACUCAAGGUGAUCAAUGUGAUUGGCCAAGAUAUCUUAGUACAUUAGCGUUAUGUGCAUCAGAAUUAAGUGAAAUUCGUAAAAUACUUGAAUCCGAUCGAUUUUCCAAUGAACAUACCCUAGUACUUACACCAAUGUUAUUAAAUCCAGAACAAGAUGCUAAUUUAGCUAAAAUUACUGAAGAACGUCUAUCAUUAUUCAAUCAUGAUACUGUACCUCAAUAUCUUCGAACUAAAUUAGAUCCGAAAGUUGAAAGCGAAUGUUCCAAUCAAUCUACACGAGCUGCUGGUAUACCAUCGGAACAAGUGAAUAAAUUAAUCAAUUUAUCAAAUCGUGCAAUUGAUUGUAGUUUAAAAGAGAUCAAUCUAUUAAAACAAGAUUUAGAAGCGGAUUUUUCUGAUCGACAAAAUAAAAUUUCAUCAAAUCUAGAUGAUUUAUCUACCCUUAUAAAUAUUAUUUCUCAUAAAAAAAGUUUAAACACUCCUAAUCUAUGAUAUGUGCAUAUAUGUUUUUACAAUAUUUAUUUUCAAUGUAUUUUUGACAAUAAC